AUGGAAGAUGUUCUCUUGUGUGAGUGUUGGGUCCAAGUUGGUCAUUGUCCGUUCACGGGCAAUGAGAUGAAAUUCUCUCAUAUGUGGAGAAAAAUUCAUGCCAAAUUUUGUGAAAGAUCAGGUUCAGGUCGUAUAGAAAUGGCCUUGGGUAGUAGGUGGAAAUUUUUUAAUAAAGAGUUGGGGAAAUUGAGAGAUGCAUUGGCAAAAGCGAGGGACAACCAAAGAAGCUGCGAAAAUCUUGGCAAUGAGAUUAUGCAAGCACGAAUGUGGUUCGAUGCCAUUGGGCAAGGCAAAAAAUCAUUCAACCAUCAACAAUGUUGA